GGGCGUCUGCAGCUGGAACUGGACGCUGAAGGCAGCUUCGAAGGCGUUCUUUGCGAUGAUGGUGAUGGUGUGUAGGCAGUCGAUAUCGCGCUGACCAGCGUGUGAAAUUGCUUCACUUGUCGCUGCAGAAUGGGCGAAGGAGGUGGUGAGUGAGAGAGGGAAACAGCGGGUCUUGGGGCGAGGGCGAGGGCCAUUGAGCAGACCCUGGAUCUCGAAUUCUUCAAUUCUCUACCCUCUAGCAAAUUUAGCCUUUGCCUCAGCCUGGCAAACGCACAAAACACGCCGCUGCGCUGCUCGUCGCUCGUUCCUACUUCCUCCAGCUGCACUGUGUCGUCCACAGUUUGUUCCCCUCCUUCACCACCCAGCAGCCUUCACCAUCCAUUGGUACCAAGCAACGCGUUGCUUUGGUUGAGCUCCCUCAACCAUUGAUAUACACCCCCUCGCUCCACCGCUACAUUCGGGCCACCUCUCACUUCAGAGUGAGCAGCAAAAUCACUCUCUGCCCUCCUCGCCACCGACGAAUACAAACGAUCACACACACACACCAGCUCGUCGACACGAUGAGCACCACAGCCUUGUCGCAAAAGGCGGCCAUGAGACGCACCACCACCGCUGAGUCGAUGCCCUCGACCGUGGCCAGCUCGACUGCCGGCACACCAGACGACUCGCCCACUGCGUCUGCCUCGUCGACAUCCCUCUCAUCCCUGGGCUCAGUGGAGGAGUUCCAGCAAAAGCCUGCUUCGGGAAAGCUUGUGGACACAUACGGCAACGAAUUUCAGCUGCCAGAUUACACCAUCAACGACAUCCGCAAUGCUAUUCCAAAGCACUGCUACGAGAGGUCGGGUCUCCGAGGAUUGAGCUACGUCGCUCGGGACAUCGCUCUCCUUGCAAGCACCUUCUACCUCUUCAACACAUACUGCACGCCCGAGUACGUGCCUUCGUAUCCUCUCCGAGCCGCCCUAUGGGCCUUCUAUACCUUCGCUCAGGGUUGCUUCGGCACCGGUCUCUGGGUGUUGGCCCACGAAUGUGGCCACCAGUCCUUCUCGCCAAGCAAGGUGCUCAACGACACUGUCGGUUGGUUCUGUCAUUCCGCCCUUUUGGUGCCAUACUUCAGCUGGAAGAUCAGCCACGGCAAGCACCACAAGGCCACCGGCAACAUGGAGCGCGACAUGGUCUUCGUGCCCCGUACUCGUGAGGAGCACGCCACCCGCAUGGGCUACGUCCUUCACGAGAUGCACGAGCUGCUCGAGGAGACCCCAAUCUACACCGCAUCCAUGCUCAUCGGCCAACAACUCGUUGGCUGGCCAAUGUACCUCUUCCGAAAUGUCACUGGCCACAACAACCACGAGAAGCAGCCAGAGGGCAAGGGUAUCGGCAAGAAGAAUGGCAACGGCAGCGUCAACCACUUCCUGCCAAGCAGCCCGUUGUACGAGAAGAAGGAUGAAUACCUGAUUCUUCUCUCUGAUCUCGGUCUCGCCAUCACUGUCUCUGUCCUUGCUCUUGUCGGCCGCACCUACGGCUUCCAGAACCUCUUGGUUUGGUACAUCAUUCCAUACCUCUGGGUCAACCACUGGCUUGUUGCUAUCACUUUCCUCCAGCAUACCGAUCCUUCUUUGCCUCACUACACCGGUGAUGCCUGGAACUUCACUCGUGGCGCUGCCGCAACCAUCGAUCGCGAAUUCGGUUUCAUCGGUCGCACCUUGAUGCACGGCAUCGUCGAAACCCACGUCCUCCACCACUACGUCUCGACCAUUCCAUUCUACCACGCCGACGAAGCGACCGAAGCGAUCAAGCCCAUCAUGGGCCGCCACUACCGAGCGAACACUGAAGGUGGAUCCGUUGGCUUCAUCAAGUCAAUGUGGAACAGCGCCCGUUGGUGCCAAUGGGUGGAGCCCAACGAGGGUGCGACCGGAGAGAACUCGAAGGUCUUCUUUUUCCGCAACCGCAAUGGUCUUGGUCUGCCACCUGCGAAGCUUGCUGCGCCAGGCUCCAAGAAGGCAACAAUGGUUGUUGGCGACGAGAGCGAGUAAAAAUUGGCUCGUGUGGCCUUUGCAGUUUUUUCCUCAGUAUACUUGCAGUCGUUCGCUUCCGCGGCACAUGACAGAUCUGGUGCGCAUUUAGCGCGGCGUUGAAACGGGGUGGGCUGCUUUCGCCUGGACAGGCAGAUUUUAUGGAUAAGGAAACCGAAGCACUAGAUUUAGAGAGCUAUAGAGCCCAUAAUCGACAGCCGUGCGAAACGACAACAGAGAGAUGCCAGUAUCAAUCCCCGCAAGAUCAGUGGUUGUUCGUGACAUGAGGAUGAAGAAGGCCGUGUCAGCAUGCAGGGCCAUAUGACCACAGCGCCACGUCACGUCACGCUGCAACCGCUGGUAACCGCUGUUAUGUACUUUUGAACCACUGACGAGCUAUCUGCAAAAUCAGAGGCAAUUAAAGGAAGCCAUUGCAUUGUGGCUGCGGCCACAGACAUCCCAAUGGCAGCAGUCGACCGAGCAACGCAGCAUGAGUAUCUCCUGAUCUAUGGAUUGGACACGCACCAAUGAAGCAUCUAAAUGUUGCACUAGAUUUCCCUAGUUGCACGAGCUCUCCAAGCUACGGCAAAAAGAACGAUAUUCCAAUUUCAUUGCCAACAACAACGUCUGCCCCAGGUCGAAAAGGUCAACAGGCGUCUGCAGCCCCAUAGCGCUCUUUCCUGAAGUGAAGAAGCUGUUGGGAAAUGUCACAUGCAUCAUGAUAGUCUUGCUUGGACUGAAGAAACAAUAGGCAGAUAUGACCACAAUAUCA